GUAAAUAAUGGCAGGGGAUGCUUCUUAAGUGGAAGAAUCAAAAUCUGGAUGAGUUGAAGACUGUCACACUCCCGCCUCCAAAUGCUCUUUUUUGGGUUUGGGGACCUUUUCGUAUUCUUUUGGAAGUGCUUUUGGCGAGGCCCCACCCCUCUUCAAACGACGCCGUCCUACCAUGUUCCCACCAAACAUAAGACAAAAUUAUGUCGCUUCCUCAAAAAACAUUUCAUCUCCCACAAUUCAAUUAUAAAUUAAAAAAAUAAAAAUAAUUUCGUGCUUAUUAUGUACCAUCGCCACUCUCUUCGUGUUCCCAACAAACUGUACCCUCUCUCCCUCUCCUCUCUCUCUCUCUUCCCAUUUCAAUUCUCAAGAAAAUCACUACUGUCACACACUUCCACUGUAUUCCCUCCUCCAUCCAAGAAAUCACAAAUGCAUCGCCAUUGCGAAACAUUUCAUCCCCUAACAAAUUCUCAUAUACCUCACCGCCCUUGACAAUUCUCCACCAUAUACUUUCCAGCUACAAAAGGAAUGGCGAUGAGCCUAUUUUACUGCAUUUUCGCUCUUAUUCAACUGGGUUUCAUGCCCUCAAACGCCUCCGACAGAGAUAGCCUGCUGUCGUUGAAGAAUUCUCUCGAAAAUCCAGAAGCGCUGGUCUCAUGGAGCCCUUCAACCUCUCACUGCAGGUGGACCGGUGUGCUGUGCGGGGGCGCCGACCGAGUCACGUCACUCGUUCUCUCCACUCGCCAACUCAGGGGUCCCCUCUCCGCUUCCCUCUUCUCCCUCACGGCCCUCAUUGUCCUGGAUCUUUCCAACAACGACUUCAGCGGACAAAUUCCUCACGAAAUUGCUUCGCUCACCGCCCUCAAAGUGCUCAACUUGGGCUAUAAUCACCUCACCGGCGAGUUGCCCGCCGGACUCGGUCAGUUGUCGCGUCUCCAAACUCUACGGCUCGGCCCCAACUUCCUCUCCGGGAAGAUUCCGCCCGAGUUGGGAAACUUGGUGAAGCUCGAAUCGUUUGAUCUUUCCGGUAACGCACUCACCGGCAGCGUCCCUCCCCACAUUGGCAACUUGACUCGCUUGCAGAUUUUGGCGCUGGGAAAUAAUUUCCUGACUGGUACUCUGCCGUCGAAUUUAUUCGCGAAGCUUAGUUUUUUAGCUUCGUUUGACGUAUCCAAUAACUCCUUCACCGGGAAAAUACCUCCGGAGAUCGGUGAGCUGUCGUCACUUACCGAGCUCUACAUUGGAGAGAACCAUUUCUCCGGCGAGUUCCCACCGGAGAUUGGCCAGCUGUCCAAUCUCGAAAUCCUUUCCGCGCCGAAUUGCUGGAUAAACGGCCCUCUACCGGAAUCGUUCUCGCGACUCGAGUCAUUGAGCAAACUCGAUCUCUCCUUCAACCCACUGCAGUGUUCGCUCCCCAAGAGUUUGGGAGAAUUGCAGAAUUUGACGGUGCUGAACCUUGUCACCGCCGAGCUUAACGGAAGCAUACCGUCUGAGAUUGGGAAAUGCAGAAGUUUGAAACUUUUGCUGCUCUCUUUCAAUUCCCUCUCCGGAGCUCUGCCGGAGGAGCUAUCCGAGCUGCAUUCUUUGACGACGUUUUCUGCUGAGAAGAAUCAGCUCUCCGGCGCAAUGCCUUCUUGGCUCGGAAAAUGGAAGCAGAUUGAUUCCAUAUUGCUCUCCAACAACAUGUUUUCUGGUAAAAUUCCAUCUGAAAUUGGGAAUUGUUCGAUGCUCAGCCACCUCAGUUUGGGGAGUAACAUGCUCAACGGCGAGAUUCCCAAAGAGCUGUGCAAUGCUGCGUUGUUGGAGGAGUUGGAGCUCGAUCACAACUUUCUAACGGGAAGCAUCGAAGGAACUUUCAAAAACUGUGGAAAUUUGACGCUGUUGAGGUUGCUGGAUAAUCAGAUUGUUGGCUCCAUCCCUGAUUAUUUAUCAAAUCUCCAAUUGAUCAGUCUGGAGUUGGAUUCCAACAAUUUCACGGGUCCAAUUCCUGUAACCCUCUGGAGCUCAUUGUAUUUGAUCGAGUUUUCUGCAUCAAACAAUCAGUUGGAGGGGUUUCUCCCUCGUGAAAUCGGCAAUGCAGCGUCAUUGCAGAGCAUCGUGCUCCCUAACAACCGCAUCACCGGCAGCAUUCCCGCAGAGAUUGGGAAACUGACUUCUCUCGCAAUUUUUGAUAUGAACUCCAAUUUCCUUCAAGGUGCUCUUCCAGUUGCGCUCGGCAACUGCACAUCGCUCGCCACAUUGGAUUUGGGGAACAACAUGCUCAACGGCUCCAUCCCACAGCAACUUGCAGACUUGCCUCAGUUGCAAUGCCUCAUUCUUUCGUUCAACAAUCUAUCCGGAGAGAUUCCUCGGAAAGAAUCCAAGUAUUUCCAGCAGGUAUUGAGCAUCCCUGAUUCCAGCUACAUGCAGCACCACGGUGUGUAUGAUCUCUCCAACAACAGAUUGAGUGGAUCGAUCCCAGAUGAGCUUGGGAGAUGCGUGGUUGUUGUUGAUCUUCUGCUCGGCAACAACUUGCUCUCCGGGGUGAUACCGAGCUCCUUGGCGCGCCUAUCCAAUCUCACCACUCUUGAUUUGUCGGGGAACUUGCUUACCGGUAACAUUCCCCUUGAAUUUGGUGAUUCUGUUAAGUUGCAGGGUUUAUAUCUUGGUCAUAACAAGCUUGUAGGGUCGAUUCCGGAGAGUCUUGGUAGAUUAAGUGGAUUGGUGAAGCUUAACUUGUCUUCGAAUAUGUUGUCUGGUUCGGUUCCUCCUGCUUUAGGUAAGUUAGUUGGGCUGACUCAUUUGGAUUUGAGCUCUAAUAUGCUAAGCAGUGAGCUUCCUGGUGCACUGUCUGGGAUGGAGAAUCUUGUUGGCUUUUAUGCUCAGCAGAACCGCCUUUCGGGCCACGUAGACGGGCUGUUCAACAAUUCUGUAGCGUGGCGAGUUGUGUUUGUGAACUUGAGUGGCAAUUCUUUGGGCGGGGACUUGCCAAGUUCGUUGGGGAAUAUGUCAUAUUUGACAGUCUUGGAUCUUCAUGGGAAUGGUUUCACCGGUGAGCUUCCAUCUGAUCUUGGAGAUCUUGCUCAGCUCGAAUAUCUUGAUCUCUCCAAGAACAUGCUCCGUGGAAGGAUUCCGGAUCAGGUCUGUGGUCUAAGCAAUCUGUUGUUCUUGAAUCUCUCCGAGAACAAGCUUGAGGGCCCUGUUCCAAGAAAUGGGAUGUGCUUGAACUUGACGAGGGCUGCAGUAGCUGGGAACAAGGAUUUGUGCGGUGGAAUUGUGGGGCUGAGAUGCCCUUUGAAGAGUAGGCCGCCAUUGAUGAACGUUUGGGGGUUGGCAUCGCUCGUUGUUGGGGUGAUUUUGGCAGCUCUCUCUGUGGUUAUAGUGCUAAGAAUUUGGAGUAAUCGGAGAAGCAGAAAUGACCUUGAGGAUAACGGAGAUAGCAGCAAGCUGAAUAGUAGCACCGAUGAUCAGAAUCUGUAUUUCUUGAGCAGUAGCAGCAGAUCCAAGGAGCCGUUGAGCAUCAACAUUGCGAUGUUUGAGCAGCCCCUCCUCAAACUGACGUUGGUUGACAUACUGGAGGCCACCAACAACUUCUGCAAGGGAAACAUUAUUGGAGAUGGUGGUUUUGGGACUGUUUACAAAGCCACGUUGCCCGAGGGGAAGAUAGUCGCAGUGAAGAAGCUCAGCCAGUCCAAGACUCAGGGGCAGAGGGAGUUUUUGGCAGAAAUGGAAACUCUUGGAAAGGUGAAGCAUCGGAAUCUGGUUUCAUUGCUGGGCUACUGCUCCUAUGGGGAGGAGAAGGUGCUCGUUUAUGAGUACAUGGCGAAUGGGAGCCUGGACCAGUGGCUGAGAAACCGGUCAGGAACUCUCCCGGUCUUGGAUUGGAGCAGGCGUUUCAAGAUUGCCCUUGGUGCUGCCCGUGGCUUGGCGUUUCUUCACCACGGCUUCAUUCCGCACAUAAUUCACCGCGAUAUCAAGGCAAGCAACAUUCUUGUGAAUGAAGAUUUCGAGCCUAAAGUUGCUGAUUUUGGGCUGGCUCGAUUGAUUAGUGCCUGCGAGACUCAUGUGAGCACGGACAUUGCUGGGACGUUCGGGUAUAUCCCACCCGAGUAUGGGCAGAGCUGGAAAGCGACGACAAGGGGGGACGUGUACAGCUUUGGGGUGAUCCUGCUGGAAUUGCUCACGGGGAAGGAGCCGACGGGGCCGGAUUUCAAAGACAUAGAAGGGGGGAACUUGGUGGGGUGGGUGUUCUUGAAGAUCAAGAACGGGCAGGCUGUGGACGUGCUUGAUCCGGCGAUUCUUGAUGCAGAUUCGAAGCAGAUGAUGCUUAGGACACUGCAUAUUGCUGUGAUAUGCCUGUCUGAAAACCCCCCAAAUCGCCCCACUAUGCUGCAUGUCUUGAAGUUCUUGAAAGGGAUCCAGGUGCAGGAGGACUAACGCCUUACUUCAAAUUAUACUACUAAUACUAAUAAUGGCCACUCAAUGUAUGUCUUGCUCUUGCUAUUUUCUACCCUUAUAUUACAUGUGGUAUAGUGUGCUUCGUUUAUGUAUCACAAAAUUAUCCAUCCAAAUAUUCAUAUUCAACUACCGAA